UGCUUUCGUAUGAUGCAGUAUGAGACAGUGAUAUUCUUAAGAAUAGGCUCUCUGGGUCUGCAGACAGGUACAAGUAAUUUUUAAAAAGGAAAAAGAAAGAAUCCAAAUUCAAGGGUUUUUGUAAUCACGUAAAGAGAAACAGUAACUAGUGGUAAUGCAGCAUCUCUUACUACAACCUGGUAAGUGGAGGUCAUGCUAUGUAUAACUUGUAUUUUUUUUUUUCGUUUAUUUUUUGGUGAGCCCUCAGAAGUUUCUAGUGAAAAUGUUUGUCAUUUUAUGUAAUUAGCCUCUGGUAUACAGGAAGAAGGCUUUCUUCAAAGAAUAAACCCUGAAGCAACAACUCGUGAGGCCAUUGAAUUUUUAUAUUCCUUUUAACUGUCUUCUUAGGAUGCCUUCUCUGGGCAAAGCAGAGCAUGUCCCACCCAGCUGUGUCCUUUCAUGUGCCUGCAGUGCGGUCUCAUGCAAGUUCACCAGAGGAAAGGGGAAUGGCACAGUCAGGUCCCACCUGCAGGAGGCAGUGUGGGGUUGUGGGGGGAUUUGAGGUCAAGGACCCCAUUCUAAGGGUGCUGCUUGUUACCUUACUGACCUUGGACAGUUGACCUGUGGCAAAUCACUCUGAGGCUGUAUAUUCCUCUGUUAAACAAGAUAUACCCUGAUUGGGUUGCUUGAUGUGGUGAUUAAAUGCCUUAACACUAACAGGCCCAGAAUACCAUGUUAGUUGUCUGAGUGCGAACAAAUGAAACUGAAAGCCGUGCCUAUGAAUAAAACAACACUGUCACUUAUUUUCCUUCAGUUGUUCUCUUCACACUGUUGAAGAGUGACAGCCUUCAGUGUAGGAAGACUGGAAGAAAUGUGUGGGAGUUGGAGGCUUGAGAUGUGGCCGGCAUAUCCAGGAGGUGGGAGAUUGUGGCAUUCAGUGCUAAAGUUGAUUCACCUUGAUUAAGGUGGUAAUUUGCUGUACAUUUUCUGCAAAAGGCUAAUCAAGGAAUAUGGCUAUAAGAGUAACUUAGAUCUUUGGCAGUCGGCACCUUUGUGCUACCUUGGAAAACCCAUGGUUGGUCUUCAUUUGUGUUUCUUGUUUUAUAAGAUCGUGACAUAAUUAGAUCGCUAUUUAAUAUUUAUGUUCUUUGUUAGAGUGUGCACAGUAGGCACCUGAGUGCCUUCCUCCUCAGCCAGACUGGUCAGGGGACACAGAUGCAUCAUGAUUUGGGUUAAAUUGCAGUGAAGACCCCCCUUCUCCUGGGGGAGGGUUUUGAGUUUAACCUCUAGUACUCUUCCUUCGACAUAUGAGAGUUUGUCUGUUUGUUUUAAACAAAAAGGAAAGACUAAAUCCAAGAAAUUUUGUCAUUAACACACACUUUUUUUUAUUGAGGAGUAAGAGCAACUCGCCUAUAUUUAGAAAGUUCUUCCUAAGUCAAGACAUGAACGAGUUGCACCUGUGUGAAGUGAUGACUUGUUUAAAAGGUCACAACCUCCCAAUGGUAGUGUAGGAAAUGAGGUCAUCUUUACUUUUUGUUUGAGGUGGAUGAAAGUUAAAUUUAUUAGUUGGAAUAGUAUCUACUGUGUGGUAUGGCUUCUACUGCUAGUAAAGAUCACAGCCAUUGAAUGUGUGGCCUCCCAUUUGUGAAGUGUUAGUACUUUAAUUUUUAUGUCCUUUGAGUUACAAAAGAAAAACUGUAAGAUUUAAUAAUCAUAGGUUUUAGCAGGUAAGCUUUUCUAACAUGUAUUUAGAGUUGCAUUGAGACAGUCACUGGAGAAUGAGAGUCUUAGGCUGGAAGUGUUUAGGUUUUCCCUGGUUAUUUAAGGAAACAAGGGAAGUUUAUAAGGCACAAAGAUUGUUGGAAGUCUGAUGUGUACAUAGUGUGAUUAGACUCUGGCUUUUAUUUUAGCUGUGUGACCUUGGGUAAGUCACUUAACUUCCCAGAGCCUUGUUUUCUCUAAAAUUGGGUUGGACUAUCUAUAACUUUCUUUUUUGGUAGAGAGAAAGGAGCAAGUAUUAAAAGCUUCAUUGGAUUCUGAAAGUCUUGUGUCUGUUUCCUCUUAGGGCCUUAGGAUGAGGGAUAUUUUUAAAAAUCAGAAGAAACUGACAAGGAACAAAUGAUGCUGACAAAGUUCCUGGGUUGUAGGGCAGGGCCUGUUAACCUUGACACUGUCAUAGCCCUUCACCUGAGAAGAUGUCCGUCAGACCUGGACCUCCAUCCUCCUUUGCCCUGAAGCAGGCAGACGGAUGGCAAGGCACACGUAGUAGGUGCUUCAUUGAGCGCCUGCUAGUACUGCACUUCAACACUGAGAGUCACCAAGCUGGCUUUUAUUUUAAGCUCGUGCUUGGCUUCAGUUACUUUUUGUUGAAGGAACUCAUCAAUGAAUAUCUGGCUGACUUCAGUUCAUAGACAGUAAGGGCUUGCAGAUUUAACAUGCUCUAGAUUUAACUAUGCUGUUUCUUCUCAGUGAGCAAACUAAGUUUAGGGUCUCUCAAAACUUAAUGAGAAACCUGAAACCUAAGCAGGUGGCCCAGUGCGCCCACACUGCAGGUAGCAGCGCCUCGGUAGGGAAAAUUGAUGAGGAGGCAUGGGGAGUCGGGUGGGGCUCUGGAGCCACUUCUAGUGGCACAUAGGGGACAAGGCAGGAGGAGGCGCAAUCCUCAAUGCUUCUUUCUUCAACCCGUGGGACUUCACUGGGAUUUCAUUCGUGGGGAAUUUAACCUGAUGUGUCAGGCAAAAACAAUUUCCUUGAACCCUUUCAAGGAAUAAUUCCGUAGAGAAGCGCCUUUUGAAGGCAGCUGGAACUAACUAAUUUUAGUGGUCUUUUCUGAAAUGCUGAGCUGGUAAGGUGGCUAUUUCUGAACUCGGGAGCCCUAGAUUUUAGGUUGCAGCGGGAUUGGGGUGAUGAACCAGUGCAUUGGGUACCUUCUGAGGGCCACAGCAUGUGUAAACAAGCAUUCAGCAAAAGCUCUUGGAGGGUAAGAGCAGUGCCUUAAGGUCCUUAAUUUGUUUUUUCUCCUGUUGUUCACAGCAGCCACUGUUUGAUGUCCUGUGACUGAAAAAAAAAAAAAAAAAAAAAACAACUUUUGAGUUUUAUUAUGCCUUUGGAGAUGGAGCCCAAAAUGAGCAAACUCACCUUCGGGUGCCAGCGGAGUUCCACGUCGGACGACGAUUCUGGCUGUGCAUUGGAGGAGUAUGCCUGGGUCCCACCGGGACUUCGACCAGAGCAGAUCCAGCUUUAUUUUGCCUGCUUACCAGAGGAAAAGGUUCCGUAUGUAAACAGCCCUGGAGAGAAACAUCGAAUUAAACAGCUUUUGUACCAGUUGCCACCGCAUGAUAAUGAGGUACGGUAUUGCCAGUCUUUGAGCGAAGAGGAGAAGAAAGAACUGCAAGUGUUCAGUGCUCAGCGGAAGAAAGAAGCACUUGGAAGAGGGACAAUUAAACUCCUGUCCAGAGCAGUCAUGCAUGCCGUGUGCGAGCAGUGUGGCUUGAAGAUAAACGGAGGGGAAAUUGCAGUGUUUGCCUCACGUGCGGGCCCUGGAGUAUGCUGGCACCCGUCCUGUUUUGUCUGCUUCACGUGUAACGAGCUGCUGGUCGAUCUCAUCUAUUUUUAUCAGGAUGGAAAAAUUCACUGUGGCAGGCACCAUGCUGAAUUGCUCAAACCACGGUGUUCAGCAUGUGAUGAGAUCAUUUUUGCUGAUGAGUGCACAGAAGCUGAGGGUCGCCACUGGCACAUGAAACACUUUUGCUGCCUUGAGUGUGAAACGGUCCUCGGAGGGCAGAGGUACAUCAUGAAGGACGGCCGCCCUUUCUGCUGCGGCUGUUUUGAGUCUCUGUAUGCUGAGUACUGUGAAACCUGUGGGGAGCACAUUGGUGUCGACCAUGCCCAGAUGACCUACGAUGGGCAGCACUGGCAUGCUACAGAAGCCUGCUUCUCUUGUGCCCAGUGUAAAGCCUCUUUGCUGGGGUGUCCCUUCCUCCCCAAACAAGGUCAGAUUUAUUGCUCAAAAACAUGCAGUCUCGGUGAAGACGUCCAUGCCUCCGAUUCCUCCGACUCUGCCUUUCAGUCUGCUCGAUCAAGAGACUCCAGAAGAAGUGUCCGGAUGGGCAAGAGCAGUCGGUCGGCGGAUCAGUGUAGACAGUCUCUCCUGUUGUCCCCUGCUCUAAACUAUAAGUUUCCUGGCCUUUCAGGCAAUGCCGAUGACACCCUUUCUCGGAAAUUGGAUGACCUGAGUCUCUCCAGGCAGGGAGCAAGUUUUGUCAAUGAAGACUUUUGGAAAGGCAGAGUAGAGCACGAAACCCCAGAAGACCCUGAAGAAUGGGCCGAGCAUGAAGAUUAUAUGACUCAGCUCCUCCUCAAGUUUGGUGAUAAAAGCCUCUUUCAGCAGCAGCCCAAUGAGAUAGAUAUUCGAGCCAGUGAGCAUUGGAUAUCUGAUAACAUGGUUAAAAAUAAGACUGAGUUAAAGCAAAAUAACCAGAACCUUGCAAGUAAAAAAUACCAAUCUGAUAUGUAUUGGGCACAGUCACAAGAUGGAUUGGGAGAUUCUGCCUAUGGCAGCCACCCAGGCCCGGCCAGCAGCAGAAGGCUCCAGGAGUUGGAUCUGGACCAUGGGGCUUCAGGAUAUAAUCAUGAUCAAACGCAGUGGUAUGAAGGUUCCCUGGAGUGUUUGUCAGACUUGAAACCAGAGCAGAGUGUCCGGGAUUCUAUGGAUUCUUUGGCUUUGUCUAACAUCACAGGGGCAUCGGUGGAUGGAGAAAGUAAGCCGAGGCCAUCAUUAUAUUCUCUGCAAAACUUUGAGGAAAUGGAGGCAGAAGAUUGUGAGAAAAUGAGCAAUAUGGGGACUUUGAACUCUUCCAUGCUGCACAGGAGUGCAGAGUCCUUAAAGAGUCUAAGCUCAGAGCUGUGCCCAGAAAAAAUCAUGCCUGAGGAGAAACCAGUACACCUGCCAGUGCUCAGAAGGUCCAAGUCUCAGUCCAGGCCGCAGCAGGUCAAGUUUUCUGAUGAUGUCAUUGACAACGGAAGCUACGACAACCUGGAGAUCCGGCAGCCCCCAAUGAGCGAGAGGACUCGGAGACGCGUCUACCAUUUUGAAGAGAGAGGAUCCAGGCCUCACCACCGCCGCAGGCGGAGCAGGAAGUCGCGCUCCGACAACGCCCUGAAUCUCGUCACAGAAAGAAAAUACUCCCCCAAGGACCGCCUGCGGCUUUACGCCCCUGAAAACUACGAGAAAUUCAUCCAGAAUAAGAGCGCCCGGGAGAUCCAGGCCUACGUCCAGAACGCGGACCUGUACGCGCGCUACGCCCAUGCUGCGUCUGACUACGCGCUGCGUCAUCCGGAUGUGCCGCGGUUCCUGGGGCUCUACGGCGAGGACGACGAUUCCUGGUGUUCCUCCUCCUCCUCUUCCUCCUCUGACUCGGAAGAGGAAGGGUAUUUUCUGGGACAGCCGAUUCCUCAACCCCGGCCACAGAGGUAUGCCUACUACACAGACGACCUUUCUAGUCCGGCGUCUGCACUGCCCACGCCUCAGUUUGGCCCGGGAACAACCAAAUCCAAGAAGAAAAAGGGACACAAGGGCAAGAACUGUAUUAUUUCUUAACCUAGUAGCUGUGGAGGUCCUGUUUAAACUUAGCCAUUAACCAUCUUGAAGCAUAUCUUUUUUUUUCUUUCAUAGGAAAGUUGCUAAAAUAGCUUAAAGUGCUUUGCCCAUGUAAAUGAGCCCCGACUGCUGUUUACAAUGUCAGGUUAACUUUGAGGAGGUGUGAGUGAUUUCUCCAGUUUACCCUCCCCGGAUGGUGCCCGGUAGCCACAACCAGUCAGGUGCAUUACAGUUUUACUUUGCUGCUUUGGUCUCCAGUCCGCAAGAGAAUCCGACAGACACUGUCGCGAGCAGAUUGAACGGGGGUGUUGAUUUUAGACAACGGAGAACUUCAGCCACCUUUGUAAAGCAAUAGUGUUUGUCGUCCGUGUUCGCCAGGUUGGCGCAGGUCCCGAUUGGUCUGUCUUGUGCGGCAUGCACGUGGUCACACUGACCCAGCCAACAUUGUGGGUCCCAUCCCACGAGGCCACCCAGUCCCCACUGCAGUCCUCUUUAGCCAGGUAAACAUUGUAUUGUAUUAGCUCCAGAUACAGAUUGGGAGGGG